CGUCCAACAGGUAUCAGUCAGGUAUGGAGACGUCCAACAGGAGACAGUCAGGUACGGAGACGUCCAACAGGUAUCAGUCAGGUAUGGAGACGUCCAACAGGUAUCAGUCAGGUAUGGAGACGUCCAACAGGAGACAGUCAGGUAUGGAGACGUCCAACAGGAGACAGUCAGGUAUGGAGACGUCCAACAGGUAUCAGUCAGGUAUGGAGACGUCCAACAGGAGACAGUCAGGUAUGGAGACGUCCAACAGGAGACAGUCAGGUACGGAGACGUCCAACAGGUAUCAGUCAGGUAUGGAGACGUCCAACAGGAGACAGUCAGGUAUGGAGACGUCCAACAGGUAUCAGUCAGGUAUGGAGACGUCCAACAGGAGACAGUCAGGUAUGGAGACGUCCAACAGGUGUCCCUCAGUCCAGAAACCUCAGUCUCCUCCUUCAUGUCCAGAUGCUGCAACAUGAAAAUGUUCAUGGGUUUAGUAACCUUUUAAAAAGAGUGAAGGACGUCCAAACCUCUGCAAAUUCAUCAGGAAACCCAGAAGAAUUUCAUGAUUAAAGUUUAUUUCUAUUAAAUG